GUAAAACACAUCCCCGAAUUCUAUUUCCGGGUCACGUCUAAGCUACAUUUGCCCAUUAAUAGAGCUUCAAAACCAGCAUUUGUUGCGACAUUCUAAAUAUCAACACGUUUAUUUGUUUGCCAUGUACCACAAACCCGUGUUGAAGAACCGGCGCACUCUGUUGGAGAGGGCCGAGAAGUUCAUUUCUGAUAUUUAUUUCACAGACUGCAACCUGCGAGGACGGCUAUAUGGAGACUCUCACCCGCUGGAAUCUCUCGGCUCGUUUAUGUCCUCCAAACGGAUAACAUUCUCAGAAGCGCAAACGCAGAGUUUCAGCCCUUAUAAACUUGGUGAUAGUUUUGGACCAACAUGGUGGACGUGUUGGUUUAAAGCAGCCUUGAAAGUCCCUGUUUCCUGGACAGGAAAAGAGGUCCAUCUUCUGUGGGACAGCGAUGGAGAGGCGAUGGUCUGGAGGGAUGGGCAGCCAGUUCAGGGUCUGACGAAAGAAGGUGAAAAGACAAGUUACGUCCUUUCUGACUGUCUCACAGAGGAGGAGACACACAGACUGGACAUCUAUGUGGAGCUGGCUUGUAAUGGCCUUUUUGGAGCCGGUCAAGGCUCAAUGAUUGCAGCUCCAGACGCGAACAGGACUUUCACGGUGCGAAAGGCGGAGCUAGUGGUAUUAAACAGAGAUGUGAGGGAACUGCUCACUGAUUUUGACAUGCUGAUUGACAUCGUCAAGGUACAGUCAUUUUUCUUUGAAACCAAAGCCAGCCAAAAAGCCAAAUGUAAACAAUUCACUUUUUUGUCUUUUUUUUUUUUGAAGGAAUUGGGUGAGAGUGAGCAGCGGAGCUUCCAAGCGCUCUUCACUGUCAAUGAAAUGGUUAACGUGAGCAACCCGGCUGAUCCCAACUCUUUUGACAAGGCACGCGCUCUGGCUCACAAGUUCUUCAGCCAGCGCAACGGCCAAAGCCAACAUACUGCGCAUGCCAUGGGCCACUGCCACAUAGAUUCAGCUUGGCUGUGGCCUUAUGAAGAAACCAUUCGCAAGUGCGGUCGAAGCUGGGUGACCGCGAUCCGUCUCAUGGAAAAGAAUCCGGAGUUUGUCUUUACUUGUUCCCAGGCCCAGCAGUUUGAGUGGGUCAAGAGCUGGUACCCGGGACUCUUCUCAGAGAUUCAACGUUACGUCAAGACGGGGCAGUUCGUUCCGGUCGGAGGGACGUGGGUGGAGAUGGAUGGCAAUCUCCCCUCAGGAGAAUCCAUGGUAAGGCAGUUCCUACAGGGCCAGCGUUAUUUUGAGCAAGAAUUUGGAAAGAGGUGCAAAGAGUUCUGGCUUCCAGAUACAUUUGGCUACUCGGCGCAACUCCCUCAGAUCAUGCAGGGUUGUGGAAUUUCCAAUUUUUUAACACAGAAACUCAGUUGGAACCUCGUGAACACCUUUCCACAUAGCACAUUUUUCUGGGAAGGACUUGAUGGCUCCAAGGUCUUGACUCACUUCCCACCUGGAAAUUCAUAUGAAAUGAAGGGCAAGGUGGAAGACCUUGUAAAAACCGUCCAGCAAAACAAGGACAAAGGCAGAGCCAACCACAGCGCCGUGUUAUUUGGAUUUGGUGACGGGGGCGGCGGCCCCACGCAGUUGAUGCUGGAUAGGCUCAGACGGGUCCAGGACACAGAUGGACUUCCCAAGGUUCACAUGUCCUCUCCUGACAAGCUCUUUUCUCAGCUUUGGGCAGACUCACAUCUGCUGUGCACUUGGACCGGUGAACUUUUCCUCGAGCUGCACAAUGGCACGUACACCACACAAGCACAGAUCAAGCGUGGCAACCGCCAGUGUGAAACGCUCCUGCAUGAUGUUGAGAUGGCUAGCAGCUUGGCAAUGUGUCGUGAUCCAACUUUUCAAUAUCCUGUGGUGAAGCUGCAGGAGCUCUGGAGGCUUCUGCUACUGAACCAGUUCCAUGAUGUCAUCCCAGGCAGCUGUAUCGAGAUGGUUGUGGAGGAUGCACUGAGGUAUUAUGAAGAUAUCAAGAGAGCCGGUGCUGCUCUCCUGCAAGAUGGUCUGGGAGGCCUCAUGUCAAAGGGCGAGGCCACAGGAGUCUUCAACUCUCUGCCGUGGGAGCGACUUGAAGUCCUCCAGAUUCAAGAUGGCCACAGUAAACACGAUUUAGCUCUGGUGAGAGUUCCUAGCAUCGGUGUCGCUCCUGUUCAACACACAAAGCCUGCGACUCCAGUCUGUGUCGCUGUCCAGGCUGACGGCAGUGUCCUGAUGGAAAACGGGAUCGUACGAGCUGUCGUGAAUAAAGACGGCACAUUGACAUCAUUGUGUUUGAUCUCUGGAAACAGGGAAGCCAUUCCGGAUGGCUGCGGCGGUAACCAGUUUGUCAUGUUUGAUGAUGUCCCUUUGUACUGGGACGCUUGGGAUGUAAUGGAUUACCAUCUUCAAACAAGGAAGCCAGUGGUGGAGGUCCUGCGGUCUGCCCAUGUGCUGUCAUCACAUGAGCUCAGAGGAAGCGUGGGCUUCACGCUCAGGAUCAGCGAUGAGAGCACAGUCACACAGGAGAUCGUGAUGGAUUCCAUGUGUCCAUAUAUUAAGUUCAACACGCAGGUGGAUUGGGCUGAGUCGCACAAAUUUCUGAAGGUUGAAUUCCCAGUGCGAGUGCGGAGCCCCAACGCUACGUAUGAGAUCCAGUUCGGACAUCUGCAGAGACCCACGCACAGGAAUACAUCAUGGGACUGGGCCAAAUUUGAAGUAUGGGGCCACAAAUGGGCCGAUUUAUCAGAGCACAAUUUUGGAGUUGCUCUGCUCAAUGACUGCAAAUAUGGCUAUUCGGUCCAUAAGAACACCAUGACCCUCUCUUUGUUGAGGGCACCAAAAGCGCCGGAUGCCAACGCCGAUAUGGGCACACAUAAUUUCACCUAUGCGAUCAUGCCACACACAGGGUCCUUCCAAGAUGCCGCAGUCAUUCAGUGUGCAUACAACCUCAACUAUCCUUUGCGGUUAGCGUCGUGUUCCCCAGAAACUGCUCCAUGGAGUGCCUUUUCCAUCAGUCCAAGCAGUGUCAUCCUUGAGACCGUAAAACAGGCUGAGGACAAGAAAGGAGCCCUCGUCGUCCGAAUGUACGAGGCUCACGGCGGCGGCGUGACCGCAACCCUCCGCAUGAUGCUCCCGGUCAAGGAGGCCUGGCAUUGUAAUCUUCUCGAGCAAAUUGACACUACUAAGCCAGCACAUGUGACUGAAGAUGGCAUCACUCUUGACUUCAGCCCCUUUCAAGUCAGAUCACUUCUGCUUGUUGUGAAUGCAUAAUGUUGAUUUGGAAAGUCGUUGAUCGAACCGCUUAAUUAUUGAUACGAAGAUACAUUGAAACUUCCAAAAACGAAGAUCGUAAAGGUGGUACUAUUUGGAAUUGACGGGACAGCAGGGUUGCCUUGUGGCGAUCCUGUCGGCCUUUGGGGUUCAAAUCUUAGCCGGAGUCCUCAUGAGCCUUCCACUUUUAAAACAUCGAAAUUGUCCAUGGAUGUGAAUGGUUGUUUUUCUUAUGUGACCAGCGGUUGGCUCUACGGUGGUUGCCCCAAAGUCAACUGGCAUAAGCUUCAGCAACAAGCGGGAUUGAAAAUGGAUGGCUGCCUUGACGGUUGCCAAAAAAUAAAAAGAAAUGUAUGCCUCAUACCAGAUGUCUUAUGACUUCCACAAUUCAAAACCUCGAAUUAUAUUUUACAUUCUGUCAAGGCUAAGUGGCUACCUCAACAAAUAAUGGACACAAUUAAUAAUGAAGACCAACAUAAUGAAGCUGGGAAUAGAAAUGUGUGAUAAAAAGAUUUCAUGAAUGAAUUGUAAUUGUUUUUUAUUAUUAAAAAGAUACAAAAAAAUUAAAAUAGUGUUUCAAAAUCCAGUGA